AUUGAUACCCUUGUGAUCACCGCGUGUAACUCUUGAAACGUCACAAAGGGAAAGUAUAUUUCUAGUGUUAGUAGAGCCCGUAGCUCAAAGUAUAGGCAAUACUUCUGAUUGAACUUGCUUAUCUCUAACCAAAAAUCACAUUUUAUCAUGGGUGAUGAGGAAGUGCCAGUGCCGCCUCAAUACACAACGGGGCCUGUCACAGACUUCCGAAACGCAGCUCUAGGACCAGUGGGCUACAAGAUGUGCAGGAAGAGGAAGAUGCAGGAGUACCAGGAGCAGGUGGAUCUGGAGGAAGCACAGAUGGACGAGACAGAGGAGGUGACGAUCGCAGCAGCCCCUGCAAAGAGGCUCAAGCUGAACACAGUCGGCGUGGGCAAGACAUCGGGGAGAGGCUGGAAGGAGGCAGGCGAGAGGGCAGGCAGUUUGCGCAACCCGCUGCUGUCAACUUCCUGGGAGAAGAAAAUGGCUGACAAGGCGGCAGCGCAGCAGUUCAAGGCAGUCAAGAAGGCGGCCGUGGAUGCGCACAAGGAGAAGAAGCAGAAACUGCGCACUCAGAGGGAGGCCAACCUGAAGAGGAAGGAGGAGAACAGGAGGAAGAGCCUGGUGACUCAGAAGAUCAGUAACCCGGCAACGCUCAAGCGCAUGCUCAAGAGCAAGAAGGACCGCAAGAAGCUCAUGACCGCAGACACCCUCAAGAGCGUCUGAUUGCAUAGCAACAAUAGAUUUCAGCCAU